CGGCAUAGCGCUGCAGCACAGGUGAACGCGGUGGAUAUGGUCAUUGUAGAGUUUGCAGUCAGUGAAAGAUCACCAUGCGGUCAGCCUGCUUCCGUUGUUGGCCACGGUGUGAUGACCUGCUGCAGCGGAUUAUGGUCCGCUCAUCUCCAUGGCCUGAGAGGCGGCGCCAGCUGGCCAUGACCACUGAUCAGCCAUAUGUAGCUGUGGUAGGAUCUGGACCUGCUGGCUUCUACGCCACCCAGCAGAUCAUCAAGAAGGCGCCCGGCUGCCGGGUGGACCUGUUCGAGCAGCUGCCGGUGCCGUUCGGUCUGGUCCGCUUCGGCGUGGCGCCCGACCACCCGGAGGUCAAGAACGUAACUACCACCUUCUGCCAGACGGCCAGCUCUCCCGCCGUCCGCCUCCUGGCUGACGUCACGGUCGGACGUCACGUGACCGUGUCGGAGCUGCGGCGGGCCUACGACGCCGUCGUGCUGGCGUACGGCGCUGACGAUGACCGGCCGCUGGGCAUCCCCGGAGAGCAGCUGACCAACGUGGCGUCGGCGCGACACCUGGUCGGCUGGUACAACGGCCUGCCCGGCUGCCGGUCGCCGGUGGACCUGGCCGCGGAGCAUGUCGUCAUCGUCGGCAUGGGCAACGUGGCGCUCGACGUGCUACGGCUGCUGACCGCCAGCGUCGACGCACUGGCGGGUACAGACAUCACCGAGUCGGCUCUCGCUGCCCUGGCUGAGUCACGUGUGCGUCACGUGACCGUGGUGGGCCGCCGCGGCCCGCUGCAGGCCGCUUUCACCAUCAAGGAGUUGCGUGAACAGAUCCACCUGGUCGGCACCUCAGCCAUCUGGGACGGCUACCCCUUCCACCAGCUGGAGCCCCUGCUGCCCGACCUGCCGCGUCCUCGCCGUCGGCUCACAGAACUCAUGGUCAAAAGCGCGCGCAGUCCGCGCGCCGCCGAGCGGCGGACUUGGACCCUCAAGUUCUUGCGGAGCCCGCUUGAGGCGCUGGGCACGGACGCAGUCGAUCAGCUGCGGGUGGGCGUGAACGCGAUGGAUGGCGAUCACGUGGUCGGCACGAACCAGACUGAGCUGAUUCCGUGCCAGAUGCUGCUGCGGAGCAUAGGGUACAAGGGCCGCCAGAUCGACCCGGCGCUGCCGUUCGACGCCGCCCGAGGCGUCAUCCCAAACACGGACGGCCGUGUGCAUGGCGCGCCCGGUUUGUACGUGACGGGCUGGAUCGGCACAGGCCCCGUUGGCGUUAUCCUCAACACCAUGUCGUCCAGCUUCGCCGUCGGCAAGCUUGUGGCCGACGACCUCGCGGCCGGCAAGCAGUGCGACCGGGUCAUGCAUCCCGACGAACUAGUGCAGAUCAUUCGGGAGAGAGGCGCGAGACCGGUCGGCUUCCCCGACUGGCUCCGGCUGGACCAGGCCGAGGAGGAGCGCGGCCGCCGUGUCGGCAAGCCCCGCGAGAAGGUCGUUUCCGUGGAUGAGAUGCGCCGCAUCAUCUGGGGCUAACGGCUCGGCGUCGCGGGCAACGGACGAUGGGCGGAAGCGGGCCCCGCUGCCAUGACAGGGGGGGGG